CACCUUUUCUCGGAUCCAAGAGGCGCUCAGAGCCGCUUCUGCAGUCCGGUGUGAGGCGGAGGACCGGCGGAGCACCGGUGGAGGAACGGACCGCAUCACCGGGAUAGAAACACUCAAAUCACCCGCAGAAGGGACCGGAGAGACGGCGGGGCGACUACCGGAAAACAUGAGGAACUCUCCGCUCUCCACAGAGGACUUUCUCUCCCAUGAAACUCCACAUUUCUGCUCCAUCUCUCACUCUGCUUCACAGCGAGGACGACUCAUGAGUCACGUAUGACUGAGAGAUGAUGUAACUCUGUUUCCAGCCCAACAUGGAGCUAAGUCUACCAACAGAAGUGUGUGUUUUCUCUCACGACAAAAUAAUCUGCAGUGAGUGACCUAACUCGGAUGAAAUGACCUCACGCUGAUGGAACAGACUCCUCACACACACACUCUUAUCGUCGGAGUGUGUGACGUUACCUGAUAUUUCAGUGUGUGUUUUUGAUGCUACAUGCUACCAUGCUGCGCCGCGGCCUCCUCUCCUGGGUCUCCCGUGUUGGAGGCGUGUUGGUGUUGCUCUGCUGCUCACUUUCGCUGCUUUACGUGAUGACAUGCAGCCCUCCUCUCUCCGUGGACCCCCCGCUGAGCCUCGCUCUCCCUCGAUCUGGACCAAAUCACGCCUCCUUGGGUCCGGGGACGGGAAGAGGAGGAGGGGGAGGAAAUGCUCAAAGCGGAGGGCCUCCAGGAUCCUAUCAGGUGCUUCUUCAGGAGCGAGAGGAGCAGCACCGCCUCCACAUCUCCUCCCUGAAGAAGCAGAUCUCUCAGCUGAAGGAGGCGCUUCAGGAGAGCAGCCAACAGCUGAAGGGAGUGCAGGAGAGCCUGAAGAGGGCGUCCGGGGGUCCCUCGGAGGGCCAGGAAGCCGGAGCUGGAUCUCAGGGAGGUUUUCUGGGGGAGAAUCAGGGAGCAAAGAGCCAGCAGGCGGAUCUGCAGGACUUCCUGAGGAGCCAGGCGGCGAAAGCGGAGGUGAGCGUGGGCGUCCGGCUUCCCAGCGAAUACGCCGUGCUGCCGUUUGAGAGCUUCACCCUGCAGAAGGUCUACCAGCUGGAGAUGGGGCUCACCAGGCACCCCGAGGAGAAACCAGUGAGGAGAGACAAGAGGGAGGCGCUGGGGGAGGUUCUGGAGACGGCCCUGCACAGCCUCAACACCCCCACUGGGGAGAAAGAGAGAACCAGCAAGGUGUACACGCCGUCCGACUUCCUAGAAGGUAUAACUCGUACGGAGAAGGACAAAGGCACGCUGUACGAGCUGACCUUCAGAGGAGAAGCCGCUCAGGAGUUCAGACGCCUCGUCUUCUUCAGACCCUUCGGCCCGCUGAUGAAGGUCAGCAACGAGCAGGUGGACACAUCGAACGUCCCCAUCAACAUCAUCGUGCCGCUGUCCAAACGCACCGACAAGUUCAAACACUUCAUGACCAACUUCAGGGAAGUGUGUGUGCGUCAGGACGGCCGUGUCCAUCUGACCGUUGUGUAUUUUGGGACGGAGCAGAUGAGUGAGGUCCGCAGCACGCUGGAGAACACGUCCAGGGAGGCGAACUUUAAGAACUUCACCCUCCUGCAGCUGGACGAGGAGUUUUCUCGCGGACGGGGCCUAGACGUCGGGGCUCGAGCCUGGAAAGGAGGAAACGUUCUGCUCUUCUUCUGCGACGUCGACAUCUACUUCACCGCCGACUUCCUGAACUCCUGCAGACUCAACACGCAGCCUGGUAAAAAGGUUUUCUACCCGGUGUUAUUCAGCCAGUACAACCCAACUCUGAUCUACGGAAGCCCUGAACACAUCCCUCCUGUGGAGCAGCAGCUGGCGAUAAAGAAAGACACCGGCUUCUGGAGGGAUUUUGGAUUCGGGAUGACUUGCCAGUACAGAUCCGACUUCAUCAACAUCGGCGGUUUUGACAUCGACAUCAAAGGCUGGGGGGGUGAAGACGUGCACCUGUACAGGAAGUACCUGCACAGUAACCUUCUGGUGGUUCGAGCCCCGUCCCGAGGGCUUUUCCACCUGUGGCACGAGAAACACUGCGCCGACGAACUGCCGCCGGAUCAAUAUCGCAUGUGCAUGCAAUCCAAAGCCAUGAACGAGGCGUCGCACGGCCAAUUGGGGAUGCUCUUCUUCAGGCAGGAGAUCGAAGCGCACCUCCGUAAACAGAAAAACCCCAAAAAGACAUGAGGAUGGAGAAAAUGGCUGGAUUAUUGAUCACCGAAAUGACUGCAAAACGUUGAAAUAACGCAGAUGAAUUCAACUGAUCUGAAC